AUCUCAUCACAAUGUUGCAAGCACAAUACAACCAACACAACAACAUCCUCGCCCAACACCAUCAAUUCCAUGAAACAGCAAUGGCAACCCAAUUCAAUGCUCCACCUUCAUACGAUGAAGCAGCAUUAGAAAAAGACUUUUCGCAAUUCAAACUUAACGAGAAAAAAAGACAAGAAUAUUUCAACAAAGCCCAAUACACUCCCGUUCAACCAAUCGCAGGUUCAAGUAGACUUCAAUCAAUUCCAUCAAAUACAUCAGCAUGGAUGAAAAUGCCUAAUGGAUCAAAUGCACCACCGAUCGUGAUCCCACAAACAUCUGCAAAGAUGCUGCAAAAGAAUCUUGCACCAUUUUCACGUGCUUAUCCAACUCAAUUGGCUCAAUACGGUAUCCGAAAAGAAGAAUUCAUCAAAAUUAUCGAUGAGCUAAACGAAUGUUUCAUCUUGAAUCCUGCUUUUCAAAUCAUGCGAAUGGCAGGUAUGGCAGUUGGAUGUGUUCCAAGUCCCACUUUGAUCGGAAUCGGUGCUGGUCUUCAAGUUGCGGCAGGUUUGGGAGGUGCAGGAAUGACAUAUAUGCGUACGAAAGCAUUCGUUAAAAAGAUGAACAAGAACCUGUUUGAUCAACAUGGUUUACAAAUGCGUAUUUUCUCAACUGAAAAAAUGAUGAAAGCAAUUGGUGAACCAGAAGGUGAACGAAGAUUGAACCUUGCUCCUUUGCCGGAAUUUGACGGUGAAUGGGAUCCAACAUCACCCGAAACGGAUCCAAGAUUGCGCAGGAUGACAGCAUUGAAAGGCCGCGUAGGUGAAUUAGACUGGAACGUCCCUGAACCAGUGAUGUCUAAAAAUGUCUUGAAAAAGAUGGGAGAUUGGCAAGCGCAAAAGCAAGCUAAAUCCGUUCAAAAACGACAUGAAAAGAUGUGUUCAAAAGUGAACAAAUAUCAAAAUGCCACAACCCACAAAGAACGUCAAAAAGGCGCACGUAAAGUUGAAAAAUUGGAAAAACGUGAAGGUAAAACAACUCAACGUAUUCGUUGGAUUUGCAUCGUUCCGAAAUCGCAAUCUGAACUUAUCGAUGAUGAGAGCGAAGAUGCAGAAAGCGAAUCGGAUUACUGUGAAAAGAAGUGAUGGGUAUUUUGUUACGAUGUUGUAUUUGUACAUAUUCAU